GAAGCAAGUGUGCACGCGCACGUGUAGCAGUGGUAUCGCUCGCUGGCAGGUCUUGUGCCCAGCCCAUGUGCUAUAGGUGCUGUGGUGCCGAUGGGCAUAUACCCGUGGUGAACGGACCAAAGAAGUGCAAAAAUAUAAUACCGGUGUUGUUCUGUUUCGUGUCUGUUUUUGCUUGCGAUCGACAACGUCGGAGAGAAUCUGCUGUCGGUGGGUGGCGUGGCGUGUGCUGUAGGGCGAGCAUUUCAAGGAAGAACAUGUACUUACGCAUACCCCCAUUGCUUUACUCAAGCAAAAAACACUGAUUGAAAACACCGUGUGUGUGAGUGGCAGGAGGGAGGACGAGGGAAAGUUCCACGUACGGAGAGAUUGCUUGAACGCGUGAGAACCAACGCCGUUGGUGGACAUGCCACAGGAUAGUAAGACACAGCUGGUUGGUUCUCUCAGCAGGUACUGUAAUGUACGAUUCCCUGCUGGCGCUUGAGGCUACCGAGGAUGGUGUUCUAGUGCUGGACCCCUCCAACUUUGCCGACGCCGUCGCAGAGAACCCUACUCUUCUGGUGGAGUUCUACGCACCGUGGUGCGGGCACUGCAAGAAGCUGGCGCCGGAGUACGCGAAGGCCGCCGAGGCUCUGGCGAAGGAGGACCUCAAGAUCGCAAAAGUGGACUGCGACGCGCACAAGGACCUCGCUAAGGAGUACGGCGUGAGCGGAUUCCCCACCCUGAAGCUCCUCAAGGAAGGCAAGCCAACUGACUACCAGGGCGGCCGCACUGCCGACGACAUCAUCAAAUACGUCAUGAAGAAGUCGGGCCCCGCCGCUAAGACCCUCGCCACCAAGGCUGAGGCAACGGCGUUCGAGGGAGAGGACGAGGCGGUAGUGCUCGGGCUGUUCUCGUCCGCAGACUCCCCCGAGGCGAAGACCUUCAUGUCCGUGGCCAACGGCAUCGACAGGCUUCCGUUCGCCACGUCUUCCACGAAGGAGGUUCUUAAGGCCUACGACGCGGGCAAGGGCGGCAAGGUGGUGAUCAUGAAGACCUUCGACGAGAAGAAGGCGGUGCUGGACGUUACCUCUUCGACCACUGAGGAAGAAAUGGCGGACUGGAUCGAGGGCGCCUCGAUGCGCCUGGUCACCACCUUCUCCCCGGAGACCUCCUCUGCAAUCUUCGGCGGCAAGGUCAAGGUGCACAUGCUCUACAUGGCCGACGCCAGCAGCAGCACCUUCGAGGCCGAGAGCGCCGCCCUCACCAAGGCCGCCUCCACCAACCGCGGGAAGCUGCUCCACGUGCACGUGCCCCACACCGAGGACCGCGUGCUCCAGUACUUCGGUGCCAAGGCCGACAACCUCCCCAUGGUCGUCAUCGCCGACAUGACCUCCAACAGCGCCAUCAAGAAGUACAUGUACGCGGACGAGAUCACGGAGGCCGGGCUCUUGGCCUUCGAGAAGAAGUUCUUCGACGGAGAACUUGUCCCCACCCUCAAGUCCGAGGAGCCCGCGGACGAGGACCUCGCGGAACCGGUGAAGGUUCUCAAGGGGAAGAGCUUCUCCAAGCUGGUGCUCGAGAACGACAAGGACGUGAUGGUGGAGUUCUAUGCACCGUGGUGCGGGCACUGCAAGGCACUCGCGCCUAAGUACGACGAGCUUGCGAGCAAGCUGGAGGGGGUUGACUCGGUGGUGGUGGCCAAGAUGGACGCAACCGAGAACGAAAUCGACGUGGAGGGGGUUGCAGUGGCUGGGUUCCCUACCCUCUUCUUUUUCCCGGGCAAGGGAAAGGGCUCCCCGAUGAAGUACGAGGGCGCACGCGAGACCGAAGACUUGGCCAAGUUCAUCAUGGACAACGCGUCGACCCCCUUCAAGCUGGAAGGUGUCGAGUCUGAGGACGUGAAGGACGAGCUCUGAUUCAAGCCAAGCAGAGGAGACGACAGCAGCAUCGCUUUGUAGCUCAAAUUAUUGAUGUUAGCAGAGAGCAACCGGGCGCGAAAGCAGAUAGUAGGUAGUUGAACUGGGGCUAUUUAGAACUGGCCGGGUGAUGUUGUUGACGCACACGCGCGGCGCGCGCACUCAUGAAAGAGAGAGUGGUUGUGUGUAAAUAUAGCGCCGGCGGCUGCUGUGGUUGAGGUUGGACAAGGCGAGUGGGACGUGCGACGUUAGGCGCACCUCUGUUGUUGACAGCGGUAGAGUGGGCGAGCCGGAGAAAUUUGCAGGCUACCUGCCUGGGAUGACUAGUCGUAUACUGUACAUGUUCCUGUUUGAUUUCCGGUAAGCGGCUAGGUUGCCGCAGGCGGGUGGUUGAGAACCUGUGUUCCUCAUCGGUCGGGUGUGACAUGUCGUGAAGGUCUGUCUAUCCCUUUCGAUGCAAGUGCCUUGGCGUGGAUUGCUACGUAUUUUAGGCAGGCCGCGAUCACUAUGUCGCCUGAGCUGUGAGUCUCUGUUUUGUUUCUGUGCAAGUUGAUUGUGUAUUUUGGUUGUCUUUGGUCAUAAGAGGUAUCUUGAAUGACGGCCAUCCUUGACGGGGGGCGAGGAAACGCAAAAGUUUGUUGAUGUUGUUCAGGCUGAAUCGACAAGAUAAGCUCUUUGCGUGUGGGGUCCUGAGUGUUGCAGCUUUUUGGUUUUCCAACUUCUGCGGCGACCUGGACAUGAAAAAGAUAAAAUAUGGUAAAAAAGAUGAUGCCUUCGGUCGAUGACCGCCACCCACACGUUGCACUUUGUUCUCUCGCUGGAAUCAGGUUUGAGGUAGAGAAAUCAAUCAAUGGUGGGCGUGCAGGACGACACAACAUUCGUUCAUGAAACGUAGUCGGGUUUGAGUCCAUUCCUUCAUGGGGGGGUCGCAGAGCAGGGCGAGGGGUCCCUCGAGAUAUGCUGAGGAAUGAAAACUGUUUGUGCGUGUAUGGGCGCCAUCAGAUGACCUCGAUGAUCGAACGCCAGUUGCCAGUUGUAGGGCGAGGAGGUGCUACAUUGUGCGCCACUUGCUGCCGCCGUACUCCUCUCCAAUCAGUUGGCCUUGUCUACACCCAAAGUCGCACCUCGACAGCUGUCUUUCUUACGCUGCCCGAGAGUACAUCCGACCCCCGCCACCCAUCCUACCUUCAGAGGAUUGGCAAUGCUCGUUCACUCCCCAUGGUGCUGUGUUUGUUGGCGAGAGGGUCAGUGCCUUUGAUGAACCGUGGCAAAACAAUCCGCGACGCGUCGUACAGUACGUACGUGCACACCACGUGUGAGUCUGGUACAUCGGUCAGCGCUGCAGUCCAUGCCUGCUUUCCGUGAAGAAAUACUUGCUUCUUCGGUCAUCACGUCGUCCGCCACAGGUGGCCAGUGGGCACGGUUGUACGGGGGCGUUGUGUAACCUCCGGCCAACGAGGGGUUAUUACAUGGGAUAACGUGGGGGGGUUACGGGCCGAGCAGCGGGCAUAACGUACCGGGUUGUGAAAGCGGUUAUGCGCGGAUCGGUGAAAUAAAGAGAAAAAAAAAGAAA